UCAAAACACGCUAAAAGAGUCGCACGAUAACGUGCGUCAUCACUACGACAUGGCAUUAGUUCUGGCUUUUGUUCACACAGCGCUCGUUCCGGGACUGAACCCGGCAAUGUUACUAGGUCCCCCCGACCCAGGAUCAGUCCCGGAAUAAAUCCCGGGACAUGUUUGCGUUCACACAGAAGGCGACCCGGCAAUGUUCCGGCAAUUUUCUGGGUCUAACGUGCAGUGUGAAAGGGGCUUAGGUCCCCAACUGGGAUCGAUCCCAGAAUCAAUCCCGGGAUGUGUUUGCAUUCACACAGAAGGCGACCCGGCAAUUUUCCGGGACCAAAGUGCAGUGUGAAAGGAGCUUAGAAGGAACAAACAAAUUCCUUGAGGACUAUAAUUUCCCGCUCAUGUCCAUUGCCGUCAUCAUACCUUCACAUUCUUUCUGAUUUGAGUGAUCCUUCUCGAUCAUGCUAAAUAUGUUUAACGUGAAUUCUUGCUAAAUAUGCACUUAUAUUAUGGGCUGUUGGCGGUGGUGGAGCGCUCUUGGAGCGAGUGAAAACCACAACACUCUCCUUGCUCCAGUCAAAAUCACACCGCUCCACUCCUUGCUAGGCUCCCACUCCACUCCGUUCACGUACUCUGUUGCGCGUACAACGUUUUUAUUAUUAUUGCAGCUUAAUGUUCAAAUAGCUGCAGUACUUCGACUUUGCCACAAGGAAAAGUGUGUAUGCCUGCUCAGACGUUGACACAGUAAGUAGCUACUUUUCCACGUCAAAGACCGUUUUUAUAAAUAUGAACGUUGCCGUGGAUUUUAGCAUACAUACACUCUAAGAUCAAAUCUGUGCAUAAGCAUAUUUUAUAAAUGAGACCCCAGUAUUCUGAAUCGCUGACAGGUCCAGAUAGGCUAUUUAGCAUGCCAAAUAUUUCACAGGCCUCGGCGAGGCAUCAGUGAUUCUCUCAGAUCGCGUCUUUGAUAAUUGUGUGAACAAGCACCAAUUUGCCUCUGAUUUUGCGAACUUGUCCGCUGUUUCGCAAAACCUGUCCGCGAGUGAAAAUCAGGGUUCAAUCGUGCAGUGUGAACACGGCAUAAACUGUAAACAAUCAGUGAAAUGUUCACUUUAUGAAUAUGUACAAAUAAAUAAUACAUAAUAAUAUGUAAAAAAUAAAAAGUGUAAAAGAAUAAACAUACUUUCAACAGACCAUGAAUAACCCAGAAAACGAUAAGAUUAUUUUCACAGCAAUAAUGGAUAGGCUAUGUGAAAUAUCACUGUAGGAAUCUGUAUUAUACUACAGACGUUGCCUUUAUCAAAAAUUUUCAGUAAAGGGUUACUCCACCCCAAAAUGAAAAUUUUGUCAUCAUUCACUUACCCCCAUGUCGUUCCAAACCUGUAACAGCUUUGUUCGUCUUUGGAACACAAUUUAAGAUAUUUUGGAUGAAAACUGGGCCUGUUAAUAUCCCAUAGACUGCUAAGUAAGUUACACUAUCAAGGUCCAGAAAAGUAUUUUCGGACGCAUCCUACUUCUUUUCUUACCCUUCUCACCCUUAUAGAAACAAAAUUCAUCACCAAAUUCAUCAUUAUUAAAUAUAUCCAAAAUACAUAAUGUAUUAGUCAAAUCACAAUCUUGAAUUGGAUUUUUGAUUAGGCAAAACUUAAGAGAUGUCUGGAAGUGGAAUUCAUCUUUGUCGAAUCUCAUUUAAAGAUAUCUGUAAUUUAAAUAUGGAUAUAUCAAUCAGAUUUUUGACUAGGAAGAUCUUUCUUUGGAGAUUUCUGCAUUUAGCUUUGUGACUGGGAGGAAUUUCAAUCUAAAAAUUAACAUUCUUACUAGUCAAAAUUACUUUAUAGAUAUCUGAAACGUACAUGCAAAUACACCUUUGCAAAACCCACCUAAAAGGCACAGUUUAUCCAAAAAUGAAAUCUGAAUUAGGGAAAUAAAAUCCAUUACAGGUUACCCUUUCUUUGAUGAUUCUUUGAACAGUUUGACACACUGUUUACACACAGAACCUUACAGAUAAAUGUACAUCAGAUGUUACCAAGAAACACAUGAAAUUAUGAAUAAUGAUGUUUACGUUUUUUUUUCUGUCACAGGAAGAUGUUGGGGUAAAAGUGCAUGAGCUGUAACCAGCAGUAGGCCUACACUGCUCUCUGUUCUGCAGUUUCAUAUGUUCCAAUGCUACUUUCAACCAUUUCAUCAACUAAAAAUUAAAACAGCACAUUUGAGACUCAGUAAUUUAUUUUAUUAGUGAGGUAAAUGCUCAAACAGCACAUUUGAGUAACUAAUAGCGUUGAGCGAUUUGAACCUCCCUGAUCUUUUAAACUAUUUUUUAAAUCUUACCUCAAAACCACAUCCUGUAAGCGCCUGACUGUUAAAUACCUCAGGCAACUUCUACAUUCAGUCUGAUUAAUAAUCUCACAUAUAAAACUUUCAAUACAAUUGCAGUUUUGUUUGUUUUUCUAGACUGUCUAAUAGUCUGAUAUAGAGGCAUUUACUGUUGAGGUUGUGAACUGCAGCAUCGGUUAACACACAGGGAGCUCUAUGAAGUGACUCUUACAGUUACUAUGCCCAAAAGCAUAUAUAUCAUGCUUGUCACUAGUUAUUAAUACUUCUCCAAUGUGAAUCAGGAUCACAGAAGUGAUUUUUCAAUUCAAUUCAAGUUUAUUUGUAUAGCGCUUUUUACAAUACAAAUCAUUGCAAAGCAACUUUACAGAAAAUUAAGUUUCUACAAAUAUUUUCAAAAUAUUAUGAACCAAUAAACUGACAUCAGUUGAAGCAGUUCUCCAUAAAACUAUAUACUUUAGCUGUAGUACCAUUCACAGCCUGUAAGCAGCAAAAAACACAAGAAUGGUUUCAAGAAAGAGAGGGGGGAGGGGGGGACCAUAGUGGUGGUAUAUGCAAAGUCGACAACACAAACUACACCUGCUCUUCUGAAACAUGCCGUGUGUGAACAGUUACUUUAUCUUCUGGAUUUUAGGACUGCUUAUUUUUGAUGUUCAAUUUAUACAUGGUUUGAAUGCAUGUCGGAAAGAUCAAAUCAGCAAUGUCAGUUUAACUACUGCGCUUCAGUCUGAAGUCAUGCUGCCCUGUUUCUUUGAAUCAGACUUCUUGAAUUCAAACCAGACAAAUGAAUCUUGCGUGGUGUGGACUCAUCUCAGUUCAACAAACAAUGAAAUUGUGGAGAUCAGUCUGGAUGGUGAGGCUAAAUUCUGGAAUAACCGACAUGGACGGAUUAAGACAUUCCCAAAAUUAGUAGAGUCUGAACUUCUGGACUUCUCCAUCAAGAUCCGUAAUGUGCAGCAGUCUGAUUUAGGUGUUUACCACUGCUCACUGUUCAGAGAGACUAGCUGUCUCCUAGCCUAUAAGAGGAUUGAACUACAAAACGAACCAGCUGUUGUUUCAGUGGAUUCUCUGACUUGGCUGAUCCCAACUGGAGUGGCAGGAGGAGCAGCACUGCUAGUAGUGCUACUUGUGCUUCUUGUUGUUGCAUGUAAAUUCUUCAAACGUCAAGAAAAUAACAUCACUGAGCCUGUCUAUGAGAACACCUCUCAAGUAAAGUUCACUAACAGAGCAAAGUUCACUAAUGAAAACGGAGUGUCACUCAGCAAUCCAACCUAUAGUUAAAAUUCACAACUGCAAUAAUGUGGAACAUCAAUAAAUAUGUGGAAUUCAUUAUACAUUACAUCAAGAGAACUGAGAAUGAUUGUGAUGGAUCAGACUUUUUGCCUGGGUUUUACAUCUACAAAUGUAUAAAUCAAAGCCAACCAUAUUCAGAACAUACACAGUUCAGAUGAUUAUUUCUGGUGGAGGGGUGAGGUUACUGCUCACAGAGAAAUAAGAAAUGUCUCCAUUUGGGAUCACUUUAUAGUAUCUUCAUCUGUGAUGCCACUAGAGGGCAGUGAGACUUUUUUUUAAAUUCCACCAAUCACAACUAAAGACAGAAACAAAUAUGUAGCUACCUCCAUAGCUCAAGUACUCUUUAAUCAUCUCCAUCAGAACUGUGGCCCUUUAACUUAUAUUAACUUACAUGAUUUAACAUUGUCAUUAAUAACUUGUCAUAUAAAAAAUCUAAUCAUUUAUUGUUAAUAAAGAGCAGAUUUAUUGAGUGCAUUCCACCUCAGUUUUUUUUUUUUCUCAUUGGCAAUUGUUUUAAUGGCACAGAAACUAUUGGAUGAGAACUGAACCAAGCUUGACACUGAACAACGAUGAACUGACGUUAACUGAAAAAUUGACUGUUUAUUAUUGUCCUCUUUUUUUUUUACAGCAGAAUUUAUUUUUUUGUUUGCAUUACUGAAGCAUUAUUUUCCUGUAUAACACUGUAAAGCUGUGUAGCGGUGGCGGGCGCUAAGAAAUUUUCCUAUCAGAUUAAGGAGAUAAUAUUAACUAUAUAUAUAUAAAAAAAAAAUGAAACAAAUUAACAAUCUGAUCGGAUUAGUUCGGGCACCAGACAAGCUCAGUCUUGUCAAAUAUAAUAGCUCUUUAAGCCACCGGUUACAAAAUUAAUUUGAAUGAAAUGUCCACACAAAAUAAGUUCAGGUUCAUAGUUUCAAAGUUGUAUUUAAGAAAAAAAAAAAAGAGAGAAAAACUUUCCAGUUCAAAUGCAACCUCAGUUUCACAGAGAUAUUUUCAACAAUCAAUAUGGAACCAAACAGAAAACUAAGUACUUUGGUUCACAUUCAUAUUUUAACAAUCCACCAAAGUUAAAAAUUGGAAAAAAAAAACAAAAGAAAAAAACAAGCUUUGUGGUUAAGUUCCAAUAUAGUCUUUCCACCGAUUUUGUAGUCCAACAAUGACAAGGAAAUAAAACUUGAAAGAAAAAAGGGAAGGUGCCUCUAAGGUAGCAGUUUCAUUGAUGCAUGUAAACCUCAGCAGAUUCAACCCUCCUUGAGAUCCCGCUCACACUUGUCAGCAUAAGAGACUUGCUUCGCUCUGCAGCAGGUGCCCGGAGGUGCAGCACGCACACUCAAAUGAUCGCCCGGCAACUCGUAGCCAUCCACCCUGCCCAAACACAGCGAGGUCUCCACAAUGCAGCAACAGCAUCUGACUCGAUUCAGGUGACCUGCAUCUCUCUGCUAAUUACUGCUGUGCCCUCCUGCAGCUCCACCUUAAAUACACAUUUCAUCAAUUCCGGACAAUUGAUUUCCCUCUACUUGGCCAUAGCACAUUAAAAAUCCUCGUACGUUUUUUUUUUUUCAUAUUGCUACACUCUCCCCGUCUUGAGUAAACAACCCAAGGUUGUAAAAUAGUUUUGACCUGAAUAAUUAAAAUCCCAAGAAUUCUUCAUCCUCUUCAGGGGAAUCUUGGAGUAUUCCCCAGUGGACUCCAAUGCCACCUGAUAAUUCAGUGGUCCCAACUGCUUUAUUACACAGUAAGGACCUUUCCAUCUUUGUGCAAGUUUUGCACUGAAGUGGUAUUGUGCCCUGGAUUGGGGAAAAUUCUUUAGCCAGACACGGUCUUUUUCAUUAAAUGAAGCUUCACGUCGGUUUUUAUUGUAGCUCCGAAGUUGUCUUUUCUGAGCUUUUUUACAGCACUCCUUUGCUUUUGAUUGAAGUUGAGAUAAAUGAUUUACAACAUCAUAAGGGGGUAAAUCAGGAGUGAGAUCCUUGCCUCGCAACAGUUUGUCCAUUGGACCUUGCAAUUUCCUCCCUAGAUGGAGUUCUGCUGGUGUCAUGCCAAUGGUUUCCUGGACAGCUGAACUGACUGUAAAUCGUAGCUCUGGUAAGUAGUGAUCCCAUUUUUUAUGAUUGUCUUCUACAUAAGCAGCAAUCAUAUACUUUAGGGUGCGAUUCACUCUUUCUGUCAUAUUUGUUUGCGAAUGGUAGGCGGUCAUCAGUUUUUGUGUGACACACCAUUUACCACAUACCUCCUUAAAUAUGGCAGACAGAAACUGGGUGCCUCUGUCGGACAGGAUAAAGUCAGGGACACCCCAUCGUGUCAGAAUCUCUCUCUGAAAAAUCACUGCAAUGGUUUGUGCAUUGGCAUUCCGCAUGGGAAAUAGCUCCACCCAGCGAGAAAAAUAGUCCACAAAGACAAGCAGGUACUCGUUCUGGUGGGUACUUCGGGGCAUUGGUCCCAUGAUGUCAACGCCUAGCAUUUUGUUGUGACGUGAUGUACUAACUUGUUGUAUUUUUGUUAUUAUUUGUUAUUAUUGUUUCAGAUUUUCUCCUUUGAGCGUUUGACAUUUGAUACACCUUUUAACGUGAUUCUUCACAUCUGCCCACAUCCCAGGCCAAAAUGCAACAUCAUGCAGCCUCUGGUAAGUCUUGUAAAUACCCAUGUGACCACUCAAAGAAUUAGAAUGAUAGUGUUGGAGGAGGGGCGAAACCAGAGUGCUGGGAAUGUACACCCAAUAAUGGCGGUGGCCAGUCUUCAGCUGAGCCGUGUGAUACAAUUUAUCUUCAACUACCUCAUACUGAUUCCUUAGUUGAUCUUCGUUUUCUGCCAAUGUUUGGAAUAUCUUUAUGAUUGCAGGGUCCUUGUGUUGUUCCUCCCAUAUAGCAGCAGCAGUGAUUGGAAGGUCUAAUUCCUCCGUGCGACUGGCAUAUACACUGCAACUGGGCUGGGCAUGGAUCCGGGAGAGCUCACCAGUUGCGACAUUCAACCUUCCUUUACGAUAUUCAAUUAAAAAAAUCAAACUUUUGCAACCAAAGAACCUAUCUAAUGAGUCGGCUGGUGGUUCUUGUAGAGCUUAUUACCCACUGCAGAGCUGAGUGAUCUGUCACAACCGUGAACAACUUGAGCUCUAGAUAAUGCUGCCACCUUUCCAGAGCCCAUACGACGGCAAGGCAUUCCUUCUCAGUCGCGGAGUAAUCUGCUUCGGCCUUGUUUAAGGUUCGGCUAGCAUAGGCAAUCAUCUGCUCUGAGCCCUGGUCCCUCUGCUGAGUCAACACAGCACCUAGUCCAGUGUUGCUUGCAUCCGUAUAUACAAUAAAUGGGAGGUCAAGGUUGGGAUGUCCAAGAAUGGAAGGUAAGUUGAGGCAUGCUUUUAGUUGUUCAAAAGAUUGUUGACAUUGAGAAGACCAAUGAAAUGCACAACCCUUUUUCUUCAAGGCAUUAAGGGGCUAUGCGAUCCUUGAGAAGUUUGGUACAAACCGAUGGUACCACCCAUACCACACAAGGAAGUGCUGAACCUCUUUGAGGUUACGAGGUACAGGGUAUUCCUGUACAGCUUCAACCUUGCUGGGGUCUGCUGAAAUACCAUGAAUGUUCACUACAUGUCCAAGGAAUGUCAACUAUUGAAGACAAAACUCGCUCUUUUUCAGGUUGAUAGUCAAGCCUGCAGUUUGCUAACGAUGGAGAAUGGUUUGGAGAUCGAGGAAGUGCUGGUCCAUAGAUGGUGAGUAAACUAUAAUGUCAUCAAUAUAGACGAAGCAUAUGUUACCUCAUAGUUCUCCUAGAACUGUCUCCAUCAGUCUUUGGAAAGUCGCUGGGGCAUUUUUUAACCCAAACGGCAUGACUUUAAACUGAUAUAGUCCCCCUGAUGGAGUGAUAAAGGCAGUCAUAGGUUUGCUAGCUGGAUCCAUUGUCACCUGCCAGUAGCCACUGUUAAGGUCAAUGGUAGAAAAGAUAGCCGCACCAGAGAGGAAUUCAAUAAUUUCAAGGAUUGUAGGAAGAGGGUAUGCAUCACUUUCUGUUAUAGCAUUGACUUUACGGCAAUCAACACAGAAUAACAUUUUACCAUCUUUUUUUGGUACUAGAAUAACAGGGGAUGACCAGGCCGAGUGAGAUGGUUUCACGAUACCUGCCUUUAACAUCUGCUCUAGCUGUUCUCUCAAAAACAGCUUGUUUAGAAGGACUCAUACGAUAAGGUUGCUGUUUAAUGGGAACUGGAUGUGUGAUAUAAAGGCAGUGUUGGAGAACAUCAGUCCGUCCAGGACGGAGGGCACACACUUGAGAGUGGGACUCCCAAGAUUUGCCUUAGUUGCUGUUUUCCAUCAACUGGUAAGUGAGCAUCAUCCACAGCAAUAUCAAUCAACCCUUGUUCAUCAAAGCUGUCAAGACGUUGUGAUAGCCGGGGGAGUUGUGGUGGAGGAAUGGAACUGAGUAGAGAGAGGCUCUUAUUAGCACUCUUCAAAUGUUGUUUCUUUUUUCUGGUGUGGUGACUUCACCACAGGUAUACUCUAAACCCAGAAUCACUGCAUAGGCAAGGACUUUGGAAGUAAGA